AUGGCCAAGAGUAUACAAUCACAAGAUAGACUAUCAUUUAGCUUUGACUAUGCUGAUGCUGAUGCUCAACGACAUUCAGUGGUAGUAGUCGAAGAGGAUAGUGCAGCAGGUUGGAAACAAAAGGUCAUUCACAAGAAAGAAACAGAUGUACAACAACAUGUUGAUGAUGAAGAUAGUUAUCACCUGUCAUUUGGAUCAGAUGGUUCUAUUCCAUUGGAUUUAGAAGAGACUGACAAUACAGCAUUCAGAUGUGCCAUCAGUACGUGUCUCAACAACAACAACAAGAGCAAUGAUAUCAGCAAUGACGACAACAACAAUAUCAAUACUAGCCAACUCAAAUCACAUAGACAUGGAAAGUUUGAUAGUGUAGAUAUAUUCGAUGUAGAUGAACCAUCUGUUGAGAGGAUUCCUCCACAACAACAAUACAAUGACAAUGUUGUUAUUGAUUGCAAGAUAGUUGGAAUGAAAGAGAGGACAAAGUUUGAUGAUGUUGAUAUAUUCAAUGAGGUGGAUGAUCGUGGUACUCAAGAGUCAAUGAAGGAGAAGAAGAAGACAGAAACAACGACCACAACUACAACUACGACGACCAAGAUGAAGAACAAAUUUGGAUCAAUUGAUAUUUACAAUUUAGAUGACAUGAUCAAUGAUGUUACCAACACGAAUGACAAAGGUGAUGUUCGCCAAUCAGAUGCGUUGGACAAUUCAUUGGAUCCUCCGAGCUACACAUUCAGCUUUGGUGACAUCAAUGACAGCACAACAGAUGUCAGCACAGACAAGGACACCAGCUAUGACAGGGACAAAUCAACAUGUGGCGCCAUCUUGAACAAUUGCACCUCAUUCGAGUUUGACUUUGGGGAGCUGGAUAGCAAUACAACGGCUACAACUACAAAGACCACAUCCACAACUCCAUCCACUACUCCACCCAAACCAACUACAUCAACUACGUCAACAAGUAAAAUGGCUGCACCAAAUGUGUUGUUGGACAAUAUAACACCAAUCAAGAAGGUGGACAAGAAGAGAUACAACUAUGAUCUGAUCACUGGAUCAAUCACCAAGCCGAGAAAGUCAACAAAGUGCUCAAUGGCACAGACGCCACUACGUAGAAACAACACGAUGCCAUUAUCUUUGAUGUAUCAGUCAAGUCUACUAGCUGACGACGAUGACCCCUUCAAGAGUGUGAACAAGAGUGACGAGACUGAUCAACAGUCACAGUCUGCUAUGGGCUCAAGCCCAAACAACAAGAGUAUAGCCCCCCAAGACAACCUGCACCACACAUCACCAAGUCAAGGCGCCAGUAACAAGGUCACAAGAGAUGGUAGUGGCACGUUGUACUGUCCGAUAUGUCAAUGCAAGCCUACCAAUGGACACGUAUCACUCUGUGGACACAUAUGCUGUUGGGAGUGCUGGGGACAGUGGCUGUCCAUUAAGUUGGAGUGUCCUGUUUGUCGAGAAAAGACUAGACUCAAACAAGUAAAGCCUGUUGUGGGGCAGACCUGA